CUAAGUUUCGGCUUUGAGUGUCAAAAUAUAGAGGGAGAACGCCGAGCAACAGAAGAAACACUCGUGGACGCUUAAAAACUGCCAUUUGAAUGAAAUAACCAACUUUGGUGGAAGCGGCGAUUCUUCGGGACUGCGAUGACCUCCAGUAAAGACAUGAAGGCAGGUUCAGUGUUGCAGUCCAGCGGCGAGGAGAGGAGACGCGCUCCCUUGGACCAGCUGCCGCCACCGGCCAACUCCAACAAGCCUUUAACGCCGUUCAGCAUUGAGGAUAUCCUGAACAAACCGUCAGUAAAGAAGUCGGUGGCCAGUAUCUGUCCGCCGAGAGUGCUGGAGAAAGUGACGGGCUCUAACUCGGCGAGGAACGGGAUCACCACUCCCUCGUCGCCGCUGUGCGCGCUGGAGGAGCUCGCAAGCAAAACGUUUAAGGGUCUGGAAGUCAGCGUUAUCCAGGCGGCAGAAGGUCGUGAGCAUGUCAACGCUUUCGGACAGCGGCAGACGUCGAAAAAGAGGAGAAAGUCGCGGACGGCCUUCACGAACCACCAGAUCUACGAGCUGGAGAAGAGGUUUUUGUACCAGAAAUACCUCUCUCCGGCUGAUCGAGACCAGAUCGCGCAGCAGCUGGGGCUCUCUAACGCGCAGGUCAUCACCUGGUUCCAGAACCGCAGGGCCAAACUCAAGCGGGACCUGGAGGAAAUGAAAGCGGACGUGGAGUCGCUAAAGAAAAUCAACCCGCAGACCCUGCAGAAGCUCGUCAGCAUGGACAGCAUUGAGGAGCCCCACGGUGGGGGCCCCGAGGCCAGAUCGCCCAGUAUCUCCCCGACCUCCCAAGGACACCGCGCCUUCCCACAGUCCCCCUCCUCAUCCAGAGACCAAACUACGGAUGAAUUCUCGGAGGACGACGAGGAAAUCGAGGUGGACGAUUAACAGUCAGAUGGCCUGUGGUUUUCAUAAAAAAGAAUAUCAAAAAAGGGGGCAUUUUUCUUCCCAAACUUUUGCACGGAUAUUAACAAAAAAGGAGAAUAUAUACAUAAAAACAUUUCAGGAUUUUUUUUCUCCUCCUCUUUUUUUCUCCAUUUUAAUUUAUUAAUCGGACUUGUAAAGCCUUCCAAGUCUGUCGUUUAAGUUUUACCAUUUGAGGAAUAUUUCGUUUCCUUUCAGACACCUAACUGUUAUGGUACAGGGAGACUGAAAAUUGUGUAAACAUUUUAAUUUUUCCACAGAGGGGGAUGAAAAGUUGUGCAAUUAUUAUUAUUUUUUCAUUUUUUCGGAUCUGCCAAAUAUUUAAAUCCCCCUUUGAGUUUUUUUUACAUGCACAUUGCAGCCCGGUGUCGAUGUGUCUGUCACUCCAUCCCUCUCUAAUUAAGUGUAUUUUUUUUUUCUUCUGAGCGAAAUCUGCAAGCAUGCAGGCCUGUUCGCAGCGCAAAGGACGCAUCACUAUUUAGUAUCGACUGCAAACUUUUACACGCUCUGAGUUCUGUAUAUAGAUCGAACAUCCUAUGCGAUAAUUUUAUUGUAACAUUCUAUUUAAUCAGCAUCUAUGUAAAUAAAGGUUAUAUGAUAUUUCAAG